AUGAGCUCGUCACACGUUGAGCGCGAAUCCUUCCACAGAUCGGAGCACGACACUGACAAGCAUAUCCGGCACAAACUAUCCAGCUCUGGGGUGGUGAUAAGAUGUGCCGUCUCGGAAAAGUACAUCGUGUUGAGCCUGGACGAUAAGACGAUCCACGCGUUUUCGGCAGUGGGGGAGCCUAUCGUCGUGUUCCGAGAAGAUCAUCUGCAGAAUGCUUGGUCAUUGGCCUUUCGUGACGAUGUUCUCCUCUCUGGCGAGAUAGGCGGUAUGAUUCGGUGUUGGGAUCUGGCCGAGCGGCGUCUCACACGCAGUCUUACCGGACAUACGCAAACGGUUCGCGGCUUGAGGUUCGUCGACGCGAAGACAGUGGUGUCGGCCUCUAGGGACGCGCUGCUGAAGAUCUGGGACCUGGAGACCGGAUCGUGCCAGGCCACGCUCUCAGGCCAGGGGGACUCCAUUCUGGAUCUGGCCAUCUUCGGAGUAUUCGCAGUAUCCGCUGGUAAAGACGGCACUGCCAAAGUGUGGAGCCUUCGCGAGCAAAGUAACGUGUCAACCCUGGCUGGGCAUACUGGACCCAUCUACCGCGUUGUCUGUCACAGUGACGGGGUGGCAAGGAGAGUAUAUACCGGAAGUACGGACCACGAUGUCCGCGUUUGGGAUCUUAGCACCGGACAACCUCUCGCCGUCCUGGAGGGCCACGAAUCAUUAGUCACCCACAUCUGCGUCGAUGGCUCUGUUGUGGUGACUGGCGGUGCUGACGGGAAUAUCGUCAUCUGGUCGUGGCAGGACCAUUCAAUCCUGCAAUUGAUCUCGAAAGCGCACGAAGGGGCAGUAACCUCGCUGGAUGUACGGGGUGGACAAAUCCUGAGCGGCGGGAGUGAUGGCGCCGCCAAGAUGUGGGAUUUGAAGACCGGAAAACUGCAGAGGCAGCUGGGAAUAGGCUCCGAAGCAGUAUGGAGUGUGUCUUUGGGCCGAGGGACCAGCCAGACCCGUGCGGCCAUUGUAGCGUCGGCUCAACCAUCCCAAUCUCCGGGCGAUCGACCUAUCGACGCAGUUCUCGAGGUGAGUGGGCGUUGA